UUCACAAGUCGGUCAUAAAAACGAAAAGCGCAAAAGAAAAGAAAAAGAAGUGUAAAAAAAUUGAAUUAAGUGAAUAAACUGAAAAGUGAGUGUUCAUAAUGCCAAGAAACUCCGGGAAGAAGGCAAUGACGGCCCCAAGAGGUGGUGAAGAAGCCAAACCGAAUCGCAAAAGGGCUCCGCAAAGAAAACAAAAGGCGAUGCCCAAUCCUGGUCCUAGCAACUCAAAAGCUUUGUCAGAUACCGAGGACUUGCCAGACAUUAAUGACAAUUUUGGUGACCAAUAUAACCCGAAAGGAAAAAAUGACGACCCACAGCCAUCAACGUCAAAGGUCUCAAAUGCUACAAAAAAACCCAGUGCACGUAAACGUCAAAAUACUAAAAAGUCGAAAAAAACUCAAGAUGAUUUUCUGGAUGAGUUGCAAGACAGCUCUGAAUCUGAUGAUCAAGAUGAGAUAGCUUACGGUGGUGGUCAACAGCAAGCAAAGCCACCAGAGCCCAAGUCAUGGACAAAACCCGAUCCGAAGAAAAUUCCAAAGAAUGCAGAAGAAGAGGAAAACCCCCAGCUGCCUACUCAGGGUGGCAAGCGUCGGAUCAGGAAGAAAGCGACUGCGAGUGAGCCAAACCCUUCCACUAGACCCAAUGCAUUCAAUGAGCCAAACUUGACCAUUAAAUUUGAUCCAACCACAAACUCCUGUAACAAAUCCAAUUCAAAGAAAACCAUUAAUGAGCGCACCAAUAAGGUGAUCAAUGAAUCGAAUAUGAUUAGCAAUUCCUAUCCAAGUUCAAGCUCAUUGACCCAACCGAACUCGAGGAAGGUUGUUAAUGAGGCAGUGAAUAUCACAGGCUCCCAAAGGCCCACUAAAAAGGCGAUCCAAGAGUUAAACAUGGGAAUUCAAAGAGGAACAAAUAACUCAGGACCACCCUAUCAGAGAGGCUUACAAAUGCCAGGGAAGAGGCCUCCCGAGACGAACUUGACCAACAAAUUUGCUCCGAACGAAGUUACUAAAAAUGAAGUAAAAGGCCCCAAGCAACCAAUUCAGAGAGGUUUACAAACAUCUGGGAGGAAAGGGAACAACGCGCCAAACUUAAACAUCAGAAAUUUUCCAAAAGGUCCCGAACAGCCCCAUCAGAGAGACUUUGGUAAGAGAGUUCCCGAGCCAAAUAUGACAGUCAGAAAUUUUCCAAAUAAUGUAACAAAAGGAUCCGUACCGCCCCCUCAAAGAAACUUACAAACACUCGGAAAAAGAGCUCCUGGACCCAACUUGAACAACAGAAAUUAUCCAAACAAGUUAAUGAAAGGCUCUGAGCCGCCCUCUCAGAAAGACUUACAACAAUUCGGAAACAGAGCUCCAGAAACAACCCUUGCCAGAAAAGUGGUACCGAACCGGGGAAUCCAGCCAUCCUCUCAGAGAGCUUUACAAACGUCCAGAAAUCAGGCUCCCUUGAAAAAUAUUUCCAACAACUCGUUAAAUGCAGCCCCGCAAUCUAUGCCGACUAUAAACAACAAGUUACCUAUUCAAAAGGUUUUCCAAAAACCGAUACAAAGGCUUCCUCCAGAAACGAAAACGAAUAUACGUUUCGAACCAAACAAGAUCAUUAAAACGGAGGGCGGCUUAGCUCAUUGGGGUCCACAAAACUACAGGAAGACUCCCGGGUCGAACGCGUGGGUCAAAUGCAAUGCGAACAAUAUUCCCAAUAGCGGAGUUAAACCCUCCGGAUACCCUAUGCAAUGCGGCUCCCAAGGCUCGAAAAACACGGCUCCCAUUUUAAACACAAACUGGAACCCAAAUGAUCCACUUAACAUGGGUACCGGUCCCUCUGCAGCUUCACCAUUUGGACAGACAAUGUCGAACAAAUUCAAUAUGAACAAUUUUCCCAAUAGUAGAGUUAAAUUCACGGUUCCCAUUCAAGAGACAAAGUGGAAUCCAAAUGAUCCAUUAAACAUGGGUACCGGCUCCUCAGCAGCUUCACCUUUUGCACAGACAAUGUCGAACAAAUUCAAUACGAACAAUUUUCCAAAUAGUGGAUUGAAAUUCACGGUUCCCAUUCAAGAGAUAAAGUGGAACCCAAAUGAUCCAUUAAACAUGGGAACCGGUCCCUCAGCAGCUUCACCAUUUACACUGACAAUGCCAAAACCCACCAAAUUCAAUCCCAACCCCAUAAAAACACAGCCCAACUUGUCGAUCAAAAACAAUAUGAACAAUUUUGCCAAUCGUGGAAUAAAAUACUCCGGAUACCCUAUGCUAUCCCAAGAUUCGAAAAAUACGGCUCCCAUUCAACAGAGAAACUGGAACCCAAAAGAUCCCCUUAACAUAGCUCCCGCUCCCUUGGCAGCGCCCCCAAUUACACAGAAAAUUCCAAAACCCAUCGAAUUCAAUCCCGAUCCCGCCAUAUUACAGUCGAACUCGUUGAUCAAUUGCAAUGACAAAUAUUUCUCCGAUAGCGGAGUGCAACACUCCGAAUACCCUAUGCCAAGCGGAUCCCAUGGUUUGAAUAACUCGGCUCCCAUUCAAGAGAUUCCAAAACCCAUCGAAUUCAAUCCCGAUCCCGCCAUAUCACAGUCGAACUCGUUGGUCAAUUGCAAUGACAAAUAUUUCUCCGAUAGCGGAGUGCAACAUUCCGAAUACCCUAUGCCAAGCGGCUCCCAUGGCUUGAACAACUCGGUUCCCAUUCAAGAGACAAGCUGUAACACUUAUGAUUCACUUAACAUGGCUCCUACUCCCUCCUCAGCUCCACUAAUUCCACCGACAACACCAAAUCCCACCGAAAUCAAUUCCAACUCUGAUACCCAAGCAAAUGUAUCGAGUCCCCCCGCGGAAAGUCUUUUCCCCCCAGGCUUUUUUGACUACGAUAUUAUGAACGUCCUUCAUGACCCUAAUCAGUCCAGUGCCCUGCAAGAAGAACUCGAGAGUUGGUCCAAUUUUGAUACGAGCAAGCUUAGCAAUGAUGACGAUUCUUGCACCCAAUACAAUUCGGACACUCCCAUGACAAACGAAUAUCAAGACUCGACCCAAUUCGAUCCGAAUAGUAUUAACAUUGAGGAAAUUCAAAACCCAGAGUUACAACAGCAGUACUUUUCUACCCUAAAUAACCCGGAACCGGUUGUCAAAACAGAAGCUCAGGGGAUCACAAAGUGUCGUCGUCAGUUGUUUCCCACUCUAAAGAAACCGGUCUUAAAACAGGAAGUUGAAGAUCAAUUUUCAGAUCGUCAGUUUUUUCCUACCCCAUUGAAGCCGAUCAAAACUGAAGCAGAUGAUCCUGACGAUCCGUACGAUAAUUUCGAUCAAGACCCAGUGAUGAACCCAAACUUUUCUGAUGGCCAGAGAUCACAGCCAUAUCACAGUGGCUUCAUGGACCAAACAAAACAGGAGGACUUGCCAAGAAGCUCUCAAUCAAAUAAUCAGUACGAUGGUACGUUUAUCAAUCACUAUGCACAAUCAGUACCAAAAAACAUUAGUGCGGAGGAUGCGGCCAGGGAUGCCCGCUUGGAGGCUGAACUCGCUUCGGUACUUUCGGGUGGCGGAACAAACUCCGAGCCAGCGGAGCAGGAAUCAGAACCCGUCGAUGAGGAGGACGCUGCAAUGGAUGCUCGCCUGCAGGCGGAACUCGAUUCCUUGCCGUUUAUAGAGGCACCUGUGGAGGCCGACGAUUUUGUGGAGAAAAUUUUCAACUCGUUUGAAAACCCUGCCCAGCAGGCAGCACAGCCAAGCAAUCAUCCAGUGCCAAAACAGGUAGUUCCUCCUACCACCAAUCUGCCCAAAGCGGCACCGACCGUUCCGGCUAAUAGGCCCAUGAAGAUGGUCAACUUGGGAACUCUUCAGAGACCACCACCACACCAUCCAGGGUUCAGGAACAAUCAGCGUCCCAUGUCCCAAGUGCCGAUGGUCGCCCAGGUAACUGGUCUUCAGGGUCAGAUUAUGUCCCUCACCUAUACCACUGCCCCAGACGGGCUUGUCACCAGUGUGUCCACUACAUCCCCAAACAUGUCGCAUGCUCAGAUGAACGAGUUGCAGAGCCUGACGGCUGCCCAGUUGCAUCAGAUACUGCAGAGUGGACAGCCUUAUUUGGCCCUGCCAAUGAUAGUGCCUGGCGGUCAUGAAGAAGAGCUCGGGCUCAAGGAUCCUGCCAGUAUCAUUGCGCCAACCGGGCAGGCUGUCGAGGAUGAGGAAGUCGAUUACGAAGAAAUCGGAGUGGCCGACACUUUCGCGGAAUACUGGCCCAGUAAGCUAAAUUUUGGAGUGGCUCAUCCAGAUCCCGUGGUGGAAACGGCAACGCUUUCCUCGGUGGAACUGCCCGACAUCACCUACGAGCUGAGUUUGCCCGCAAGGACCACCAGCUGCCUGAGUGCCCUGCAACUGGAGGCGGUGGUCUACGCCUGCCAAGCUCACGAGCAGAUCCUGCCCAGCGGUGAGCGUGCUGGCUUUCUGCUGGGUGACGGAGCCGGUGUGGGAAAAGGCAGGACCAUUGCCGGGAUCAUCUAUGACAAUCACUUGAAGGGCAGAAAGAAAGCCCUCUGGGUCUCCGUUUCCAAUGACCUAAAGUUUGACGCCGAGCGGGAUAUUCAUGACAUCGGUGCCGAAGACAAGAUCCCAGUGGUGGCCAUCAACAAGUUCAAGUAUAGUCGCAUAGACUCCGAGGACAACGAGAACUUCAAGAAGGGCGUGAUAUUUUGCACAUACACGGCACUCAUCGGCGAAUCCAUGACGGGCAACUGCAAGUACAAGACUCGACUGCGUCAGUUGGUCAACUGGCUGGGCAAGAAGUUCGAUGGGGUAAUAGUCUUCGACGAGUGCCACAAGGCAAAGAAUUUGAGCCUCAUGAACGUAGGCAAGUCCACAAAGACGGGCACUACUGUGCUGGAGCUGCAAAAGCUAUUGCCGCAUGCCAGAGUGGUCUAUGCCUCAGCCACGGGGGCCAGCGAGCCCAGGAACAUGGCCUAUAUGGUGCGUCUGGGUCUUUGGGGCCCUGGGACCGCCUACGGGGAGUUCUUCGAGUUUGUCAAUUCGGUGGAGAAACGCGGCAUUGGAGCAAUGGAGAUUGUGGCCAUGGACAUGAAGCUCAGGGGCACCUAUAUUGCCCGGCAGCUCAGCUUUAAGGAUGUGACAUUUCGCAUCGAGGAGGUGAUCAUGUCAAAGGAGUUCCGAAAGACAUACAAUCUCGCCGCUGAACUGUGGGCGGAAAUCAACAAAAAGUUCCUAAAGGCCUGCAAGCUGAUGUGCAUCGAGACCCGUGUGCAAAAGAUCAUCACCUGCCAGUUCUGGUGCGCCCAUCAGCGGUUCUUCAAGAACCUCUGCAUUGCCUCGAAGGUGAAUCACGUGGUCAGGAUGACCCGACAGGCCACGCGGAUGGGCAAGGCGGUGGUCAUCGGCUUGCAGUCGACGGGGGAAUCGCGUACCCUUGAGCACCUUGAGCGUCACAACGGCAAGCUGGGCUCCUUUGUGUCCACCUCGAAAAUGAUUAUCCAAUCCUUCGUGGAGAAGCACUUUCCGGCACCGAAGCGCGACUCUUUCCACCGUCUUCUGAACACUGGAGAGUUUGUGCCAGAGCUCCGAUUCCGUCCGCCGCGUGCCAAGAAGGCCAGAAUGAAUGCCGAUUGGUUCGACGAUGACAUGGAUGCCGAGGCGGCAGAGAGCGAUAUCGAGAUGUACGAGAGUACCAUGUCACAGGAAAAUGAACGGAUGAAACCAGGACGAAAGAGGCGAGGACGACCGCCAAAAACCGAAAAGGCUGAAAAGAUAACCAUGCAGGAGCGGAUCCUGCAGCAUUUGUGCCACAAUAUGCGGGCCCAGGACAACGAUGCCGAUGGCUCAUACGCCUUCGACAGCGCAAAGAUGCAGAAGGCCAACAUCACCGAGCACGAUGUGGAGCGAUGCAUCAGGGCAAGAGAGAUGUUGUUGGACAAGAUCGAGGUCCUGGGUCGCCGCAUGCCUUCCAACACGCUCGACAAGCUUAUCUCGGAGCUGGGUGGCACCAAACUGGUGGCCGAAAUGACCGGCCGCCGGGGCAGAGUGGUCCGUGCCGAGUUCGAAGGCUACAAGUAUGAGCCGCGUUGUGAGAGCGACACCUCAAUGGAUUUGGUGAACUACCGGGAGAAGCAGCGGUUCAUGCUCGGCCAAAAGAACGUGGCCAUCAUCUCCGAGGCGGCCUCCAGCGGAAUUUCACUGCAAAGCGACAAACGUGUGACCAAUCAGCGACGACGACUUCACAUCACCCUGGAGCUGCCGUGGAGCGCCGACCGGGCCAUACAGCAGUUCGGUCGAACGCAUCGCUCCAACCAGGUCAAUUCGCCGGAGUACGUUUUUGUCAUCACGGACCUGGCCGGUGAACGGCGCUUCGCUUCUACGGUGGCCAAGCGGUUGGAGAGUCUGGGUGCCCUUACCCAGGGAGAUCGUCGGGCCACCGAUGCCCGAGAUCUUUCUCAGUUCAAUAUCGACAACAGCAUCGGGCGUAGUGCCCUCGAGAACGUGAUGCAGCAACUAACCGGAGAGAAGCCACUGGAUCAUGCCAGUGUGCCUGCCUCCUACAAAGGUGACUUCCUCUACGACUGCAGCAUGGCCAUGGCGGGUGUAGGGAUGCUCAAUGUCCGCGAGGAGAACAAGGUGAAACUGUUCUCCGUGGAGAAGGACAGCAACAAUAUAUCUAAGUUCCUCAACCGAAUCCUUGGCUGUCGCGUGGAAGUGCAGAACGCCCUGUUCAAGUUCUUCCUGGAGAAGAUGUACUCUCUGAUUCUACACAUGAAACGCAAGGGCAACUUCGACCUGGGCAUCCUUGACCUAGACGCACACGGUGCGUGUGUGAAGUCUGUCAGACUGAUGAGGUUUAUCCGGAAGCAUGCCACUGGAACAGCAGCCACCGAGCUUCACACAGUAACUGUGGAGCGUGGCAUGUCCUAUGAUACGGCCUUGGCCAAGUACCGCAAGGAGGGCCGCCACGAGCACGAAGGCUUCUACGUGCUGCAGCAAUUGCGCCACAACAAGAACUCUGCUAUUCUAUGCCUGCAGGUCAUGACCAAUGUCCGGCAGCGAUCUUCCAACAACUCCCCCAACAAAAUCAGCCUGCAGCUCUACCGCCCCAACACGGGGCCCCAGGUGCGCCUGGAGACGCUCGGGUCCAUCUUGCAGCGCUACGUGAAGGUGGAGCCGGAGGAGGCUCGCAACUUCUGGCAGCAUCAGUACGAUGUGUGCCUGAACAAGUGUUCGCACAUCUUCUGGAACCGCAUCUGUCCCUUCCCAGCGGGCUGCGAGGUAGGACUCCGUGUGCGUCCCUACCACGUCCUCUCCGGACUCAUGCUGCCCAUCUGGGACCGGAUCGAGGUGAUACUAGCGAAGAGCGGUCACAAGAUCCAGAUCAUACGCGUCAAGACCAAUGUGAACAAGAAAAUUGUGGGCACUGUGGUGCCGCAGAGCGUCUACGAUUGCCUGGUGACCGAAUUGUCCCGCGGCUCUAUCGUGGAGAGCUAUUAAUAUUUGGCGAGGCCAUCCUUCCCAUGCCAUGCCGGGUGCGCCUUUAGCCGGUUUCUAUUGCCACUUUAAAAAUAUCAACUCAAAUCGUGGCAUUCACUGCAAUACACAUGCCGUAAGCUUUCCCUUCUCAAAAAUGCCAGGCACGCUCCACCAGCCGCCGAGGAGCAGGGACACGGAGCAAGGAUUUGGAGCAGGGACACGGAGCAGGGACAUGGAGCAGCUCCCGGUCAUAAACAAUGGCCACAAAAGCACAUACGGGCAGACACUUACAGCCCGUCUGCGUGCGUAUGUGAUUCAUAUGUAUUGUUGCGAGGGCUGCUCUACACGUACACUGGGAGAAUUUAUCUGCUCUUACUCGAAAGAAUUGCUUACAAAAAUGCACACAAAUUAGGUAUAAAAGCGAUUUACAUUUAUAAUUCAAUUCUUAGUGAUCGUCAAGUAACUAAAAUAUUUUAUACGGACAGGAACAUUUACCAUAUCUCUCAGAAAACACUUUGCAUACAUGAAUUCAAGGACUUGUUCGAUAUUGGAUUUAAUUUUUUACAACAUUUAAACUACUUAUUUUUUAC